GGCGCAAAUCUGGAUCCGAUCGCUGACUCGCCACCAGCCAUCAAGUGGAGCUCUACCAGGGGGCCGAGGAAAAGUAGAAAAGUAGUAAAUCAACUGAGCGCUAAUGAGCAGGGGAAGCUCUCUGCCAAAAUGAAACCCCCCCUGUAAAGCCCGUGAGAUCGAACCAGUUAUCGUGGAUAAAAUAAAAAUAAAAAAUUGAGGAAAAGAAAAACUGGAAAUUACGUAGGGCCAAGAUCACCGAUCAGUCACCCACCGAUGCCCCUCCCCUUCUAAAGCUUAAGCCUUCUGCCUUUUUCUUUUCUGUUUUUCGAUCUCUCCUUUAUCCACCCUCACAACAACAUAGUCGGCGUCCGACUGUCGAUUUCAUUCCACGUGCAGCAAAUCGUCUCUCCACGCCGGAGACGUUUUCUCGACUUUCGAAUCUCGCCUCACAGCGACCUUCAAUAUGGCGGACCAGGCAGGUGGUGCAUGGCACCAGCUGUUGGCCCGGGCCUCCAGCUCGGAUGUCUCGUCGACAUCUAGCUCGGCGUCCGCGUUCCUGACCACCUUGAUUCCGGCCCUGAUCACCUUCGCAGUCAUGGUCGUGCUCUUUAUCAUCCUGCGUCGUAGUCAGCACAGAAUGUACAUGCCUCGUACCUAUAUCGGCAGCUUGAAGCCCUCGCAGCGCACCCCGGAAAGCCCAACGGGUCUAUGGAACUGGAUCACCGCCAUGUACAAGCUACCCGACACCUACGUCCUGCAGCACCACUCGAUGGACGCGUAUCUGCUGCUGCGCUUCCUGAAACUGAUCUCGGUCCUGAUGUUCGUCGGCUGCGUCGUCACCUGGCCUAUUCUCUUCCCGGUCAAUGCGACUGGUGGUGCAGGUGGUGAGCAAUUGAACCUGCUCAGCAUCUCCAACAUCCAGAGUUCUCAGUAUGGCCGUUACUAUGCUCACUGCUUCCUCGCGUGGAUCUUUGUCGGAAUUGUGUUCUUCACCAUCACUCGUGAGCACCUGUUCUACAUCAACCUGCGCCAGGCUUAUCUCUACUCCCCCGCGUACGCCAGCCGCAUUUCGUCGCGCACUGUUCUCUUCACCGCCGUGACUCAGGACUACCUGAGCAAGGAGAAGAUCCUCGCCAUGUUCGGCCGCGAGAAGGUGAAGAACGUCUGGCUUGCCACCGACGCUGCCGAGCUGGAGGAGAAGGUCAAGGAGCGCGACAGCGCUGCUAUGAAGCUCGAGGGUGCUGAGACCAAGCUCAUCAAGUUGGCCAACAAGGCCCGCAACAAGCAAUUGAAGAAGGAGGGAGCUUUGGAGGACGGCCACACCGAGGAGGAGGAGGGUGUUGGCCAAUUCGACGACGAGUCUGGCUCCGUGGCUGCUCGCUGGGUCCAGGCCAAGGACCGUCCCACCCAUCGUCUCAAGUUCCUGAUUGGCAAGAAGGUCGACACCAUUAACUGGGCUCGCUCCGAGAUCGAGCGCCUCAAUCCCGAGAUUGAGGAGCUGCAGGCUAAGCACCGAGCUCACGAUGUGAAGCUCGUUUCCUCCGUCUUUGUCGAGUUCUACCAGCAGUCCGAUGCCCAGGCUGCGUUCCAGUCCGUUGCUCACAACCUGCCUCUCCACAUGUCCCCUCGCUACAUCGGCCUCGACCCCACCCAAGUCAUCUGGGCUAAUCUGCGCAUCAAGUGGUGGGAGCGCAUAAUCCGCCACGCUGCCACCAUUGCCUUUGUCACUGCUAUGAUUAUCUUCUGGGCUAUCCCCACCGCCGCCGUGGGUGCCAUUUCCAACAUUGAUGCCCUGACCGACAAGGUGCCCUGGUUGAAGUUCAUCCUGAGCGUCCCCAGCUGGAUCCGUGGUGUCAUCACCGGUCUUCUGCCUGUCGUUCUUAUGUCCAUUCUGAUGGCCUUGGUCCCUAUCAUCCUCCGUAUCAUGGCCAAGUGGGGAGGUGACCCUAGCCUCGCCGCCGUUGAGAUGACUGUCCAGAACACGUACUUUGCUUUCCAGGUCGUGCAGGUCUUCCUGGUCGUGACUAUCGCCUCGGCUGCUACUAGCGUCGUCACUGCCAUCAUCAACAACCCUUCGUCUGCUGCUAGCCUGUUGGCUGAGAAGAUCCCUCUGGCCUCGAAUUUCUAUGUCUCCUACAUCGUUCUCCAAGGUCUGUCUUUCAGUGCCGGUGCCCUGCUCCAGAUUGCUGGCCUCAUCGUCGGUAAGAUCCUGGGCAAGCUCCUCGACAGCACCCCCCGCAAGAUGUACAAACGCUGGUCCAACCUGGCCGGUCUUGGCUGGGGUACCGUCUACCCGGCUUUCACCCUGUUGGCCGUCAUCGGUAUCAUCUACUCUUGCAUUGCUCCUCUGGUCAUGGGCUUCGCCACCAUCGGCUUGUAUCUCUUCUACUUCGCUUUCCGGUACAAUAUGCUGUACGUCUCCAAUGCUACCAUUGACUGCCAGGGUCGCGGCUAUACCCGCGCUCUGCAGCACCUCACCGUUGGUUGCUACCUGCUCAUUAUCUGCCUGAUCGGCCUGUUUGCGAUGGGCACUGGUGCUAACCGCAUGGCGCUGGGCCCUCUGAUCCUUAUGAUCAUCUUCCUAAUCUUCACCGUUCUCUACCACGUUUCCAUGAACAGCGCCAUGGAGCCGCUCCUUAACUACCUGCCCAAGAACCUCGAGCACGAGGAGGAAGCUCUCCUCGCUCAGGAGCGCAAGCACGUCGACGGGUCUUCCGACGGCCUGGCCGGCGCCUCCGCCGUCAAGGCCGAGAACAACGGCGUGUCCAAUGUUGACUCUGCUGUUGGUGGCGUUGAUUCUGCUGAUGCCGAGAAGGGUUUCGCCGACGGUCCUCUUCCUACCGGACAGCAGAAGCCGCCCAACGCCAUCGUCAAGUGGCUGCGCCCAGACAAGUACCAUAACUACGAGGCUCUCCGCCGCCUCGUCCCCAGCGCGCUGGAUGCUACCACCUAUUCUCCCGAGGUCGAGCGUGACGCCUACUGCCACCCUGCCGUCAACUCUCAGGUCCCGCUUCUCUGGAUUCCCCGCGACCCCGCCGGUGUCAGCCGACAGGAGGUUGCCCACACUUCCCGUGUCAUCCCCAUCACCGACGAGGACGCUUGGCUUGACAACAAGGGUAAGAUCUCCUGGGACGUCGACAAGGGCCAGCCGCCCAUCUACGAGGAGAAGCCCGACUAUUAAAGUUGGUCAUGGGCGCUUAAUAGCCUCCAUCCCUCCUUUUGUAAGCAGUUGCACUCAACGCACGUACUACGGUAAUAGAGUCCAGAUCUGAUUCGACCUUCCCCGAGGUCUUUUGAUACCCAGUCGGUCCCGCUUACUACAAGCGGGUCGAUUCUGAUCUGGGCUUGUUUUGUUUGAUUCUUUUGAUCGUUUUUGGAAAAGGGGGGGGUCUGAUUGGAAAUAUCCCCUGUUCGAUGGGAAGACGUGUCUUUCCUCUGGAAUGGCUUGUGCCGCGGGCCCGUUUUUCCAUGUCCUAUCGCUUUUGAUCUUCCUGUUCGUAAUAUACGGCUGAUGUUCGCGUCAUGUCACCUAUAAUGUUUGAGAACGUUGCCAUGAGAGAUUCGAGCUCCUUGAUAUGCGAUACGUUAUGAUGUCGAGCAUGCUAUGGCAAAUGUAUAAUAAGUCUUCUUCUCACAAACUUUAUUCUCCUUGUACUCCUAAAUACAGUAGUCUAAAUUGGUCCUGACAUUGUGUUAUCGGUA